UCGGUGGCGGAAGAGGCUCACCCCGCGGUGGACGCGGCAGUCCCCGUGGCCGCGGAUCUCCACGUGGAGGACGAGGUGGUGGAAUGCGAGGAGGAAAGACGGUCAUUAUCGAACCCCAUCGAUACGAAGGAGUGUUCAUUGUCAAAGGCAAAGAAGGAUGCUCUUGCCACGAAAAACAUGGUUGUUGGAGAGUCUGUGUAUGGAGAGAAAAGAGUAUCUGUAGAGGAAGGAACUGAAAAAAUUGAGUACCGAGUAUGGAACCCGUUCCGAUCAAAGUUGGCAGCUGCAAUGAUGGCUGGUUUGGAAAAUGUACAUGUGAAACCAGGCACCAAGCUGCUGUACCUCGGAGCAGCUUCUGGCACCACCGUCUCACAUUGUUCAGACAUUGUUGGCCCGGAAGGUAUUGUCUAUGCCGUUGAAUUUUCUCACCGAUCCGGCCGUGACUUACUCAACGUUGCCAAGAAGAGGCCUAAUAUUGUGCCUAUUGUUGAAGACGCUCGUCACCCGCACAAGUACAGAAUGCUUGUUGGUAGGUGGCUUGCCUGA